CACACAGCACACUCUGAAAGUGGUGAGAACCCGGAGGCAUCUCAAAAUAGAAAUUCAAAAGGGGAGGAGGAGAGCAGGGAGAGAGAGAGCAAGAGUAAGAGUGAGAGUGAGAGAGGGAGGGAGGCUAUUGAGAGAGAGAGCGUUGGUAUGCCAGCCUCAGUCUCUAGCAUGGCUGUGCAGAAGAAACAGAUUGUCAUCCCUCCAUCACAGGGACCUUUUUCUUCCCGUACCAUUGAGAGCCAGAAGAAGGGGAAUGCAUGGGAAAGAACAGAAAAUGGCUCUAAUAUCAAACCGAAAUCACGGGCAAAGAAAACGGCCUCCCCUGUCAACAAGGCUGUCCAAAACACAGUUUCUCCACAGGCCACUGCAGCGGCGAAUGGACUAAAUAUUGACGAGAGGCUGAGAGCAGCAAGAGAAAGAAGGGAAGAGCAGCAGAGGUUAAUUGCCUCUCGGGAACUGAGCAGGUUGGAGCGGGAGCAGCGAGCCAAGCGUUACCAUGAACAACAAGUGGAGGAGCGCAAGAAGAAGCUCCUGGAGCAGAGGCUCCGUGAAGAGAGGAGGCGAGCCGCUGUGGAAGAGAAGCGCAGGCAGAGGCUGCAAGAGGAGAAAGAACGAUAUGAAUCUGUAGUGCGCAGGACGCUGGAGAAGAGUCAAAGGGCCCAAAAGUCUCUCAGUCAAGACUCAAGAGGAAGGAAGGUUGCUAAGAAUGUUCCACGUCGCUUACCACUGACAACAUGGGAGAAGAAUUUGGUCAGUCGUCUCCUUACCCCCACUUACUCUUAUCUGGCCAGGAGCAAGAGUGCUGGGUGUCGUUCAGGAGAAGAAGUUGUCCCUGUUUGUCGCCGUGCAGUUUCAUUCCACUCCAUCACCACCACCCCUCACAAACCACAGCAACACUCCAGCUCAGUCCAAAAGAAGCGGUCGGUCUCACCGAGCCCCAGCGACAGACGCCUCAAUCUGGCCCAGAUCAGAACAGCAAAACAGCCAGAUAUUGUUAAGAAGAAUUCAAACAGGAGCUCAAGUAUUCGAUCACCUGGCCUCAACUCUUGUGUGACACCAGUUACACAAAGCAAAAAAGCCUCUCCCUCACCAGAUAGGACUCCUCGGAGAUCGGUCAGCAGACAAUCAACCCCGCUGCAGCUCGAGCUCCCACCUGUUCCCGAGGAAGGUGUUGCUGUUCGUAGCUCUAUCCUCGCGCGUGGGAACACGAGGCCUGUCAGGACGUCAGCUAGAGGUCAGACGGGGAAUAUGAAGGAAGAAAAUGCAGCGCCAGUGGCUCCAAGUCUGAACCUGCCCCACAUAAAGAGUGAGCAUGUUACAAGAAAAGUGGCAGAUAAAAAUACUCCCCAGGUGCCUCCUCAUCCAGCUCCCCAGCCUCCUGAAGUUGUAAGCAGGCCCUCAGCUGGGACUACAGACAAGGAGGAGGCCUCUCGUCUCCUGGCUGAGAAGAGGAGAGAGGCUAGACUGCAACGGGAGAGGGAGGAGCAGGCACGUCUGCAGAAAGAGGAGGCAGAGAGGCGAAGCCGUGAGGAGCUGGAGCACAGGAGGGCAGAGGAGCGAGCACGACAGCAGGCUGAGGCUCAGCGCCUAAUAGAGGAGAAGAGGAGAAGGGAGGAAGAGGAGCAGAGAGGAGCUGAGGAAGAGAGAGCUCAGGCCAUGAAGGAAGCGGCCCUUCUGCAGAAACAGAGAGAGGAGGAGCAGGCCAGAGAGAUGGAGAAGGCAGAGAAGAUGAAAGAAGAGCGAGACAUGCUUGCUCAAAAAGAAGAGGCUGCGCGCCAAGAAAGAAAAAAGCGACUUGAGGAGAUCAUGCGGAGAACUAGAAGGACAGAUUCUCCAGAUACGAGAUCUUUGCCAGCCGGGAUUUUACCAAAUGAAGCCCAACCAAAGGAAAACACAGAGCCUGUGCACAGCAACAACAACAUAGAGCAUGUGGUCAAGUUGCCAGUGGGCACCAAGUCCUCACAGCUGGGGCUGAGCAAUGAAGAGGACAUGGUUCCUGUUGUGGCCUUCAAAGAGCGCAGGUCUCUCCGGACGCUCACCGGCCUGGAGAAAAUCCAGACUCACCAACGAGCAGAGGUCAUCUGAGCUCCCGUAAAGUGAGCUGAAGUUCCAACACUUUGUUUGAGAGCAGCCACUGCUCUGAGAAUGAUGGAGAUCCCUGCGGUCUAGCCGGGUUAGCUGCCCUUCAGCGCCUUAAAAGAGCAUGUAACAUCGCCUCGCUAAGACCUUUAGCAUUUGGUCACUUUUCUCUGUGUAUCCAGUGGCACAAUUAUUGGGCAAAUUAUCCAUGUUCAUGAAUUUAGUACAGCAGGUUUCUGAACUAAUAAUCACUGUUCAAAACUGCAGUAGAUGUAGACUGUGGUGAUGAUAGCUAGCCAGCAAUUUUAUCAGCAUUUGGAAUGUGUUGCCUCUAACAAACAAACACUACACACAUGUAUGUUAGCUCUAUGCUUUUUCCUUAUUCCUGAUAUUUAUGCCAUUCAAGCACUUUUCCUUCCUCAGUUUUGGAGUUAGAGUGGCUCACAUUGAUGUUUGCUUUAUGAAUGAUUAGUUUUCAGGUGUUAGUGACACAAAGUCCUAUCUUACUCUUUGAUUUUGUCAAGUUUUUGCAAUCACUUGUUUGAAGCUGCUAAGGACUCUUGAGAGUGAUGUUUUAAAAGCAACAUGAUGCACAAAGCGUUUAUUGCACUGACAGUUGCCGUGUUUGAAAUUGUGCGAUCACUUCACAAAGAAAGGUUUGAGAUGUAAAGCUUAAGUGAUUUAUUAUAACAAAAGCGUAAAAAAAAUGUAUCCGACGACAAAUAUAUGAUCCUUUUAGUUCAAAAAUUGCUUAGAAGUAUUACAUAUUCACCUGUUGAAGUCGCCAUAUUUGAUUAAAGUUGAUACUAAGCUGUG